AUGUCUAACAGAUUGGAAAGUAGCAUGCAGAAGGAGCACUCUCAUAUGACAGGAGACGAUCGCUUAGCCUUCUUAUACGGAAGAUGCUAUUCGACGUUGGCGAUCAAGAAAAGCCUACCAGUAGAUACAGCCCCUGCAGAAUCUCUCAGAGACUGGGCUUUCACAUUGAUCGAAAGCGACGCACAAGACAUCGCAUAUCGGAUAGUAUUGCACAGAUACUACACCAUGGCUCUCUUUCAUAGGUGUAGCAGAGCCUCUGCACCGUCUACAAGUGGAUUUCUCGCCAUGAACAACAAUGGGGACUGCCAUAACAGACGACCUGGAAAUUCUCUGUACAACUCGGAGGCUGAUAUGGCUAAAAGAAUAUUGAAAGAGGUUGCGCCAGGUUUUGAGCCAGAAUCUCCGGUAUACAAACACAAAUUUGAUCACAUCCAGUCACGUCGGAUUCGCGGCAAGGGGUAUCACACAUUGUCCACCCACUCCGGUCCAGGAAUACUUGCUUUGAUACCCUCCACGGAUCAACUCGGUCAGAACCGGAUAGGCUUAUCCGAAAACGGGUAAGUCAAGCAAGGAAUAACGGUAGCAUGUCUUAUCAAUAGGAGAGUGGUGAGAUUUUCAGUCAUCCAGAAGAUCUCUGCAAUCUUAAGAAGCGUGUUUGGUCCAUCGCCAUGCCUCCCUCCUCCUACAUGAUAUUCUUCGCUCCGGAGUUCUGGCUAUGCGCAGGCAUGAAAAGGAAUAACAAUGCAGGAACCGUAGAGAUACCAUAAUUUUGAGCAUCGUUUACAAUGACUCAGGCUUGAGGUUCAAGCACCAUCGUCUGCUAUUAGCAGACUUUUUUCGUUACGUGAUAGAA